AUGGCUUUAAGCUCACGAGCUCAUGCCUUCUCUGUGGAAGCCUUGGUGGGGAGAUCGACCAAAAGGAAACUCCGAGACUUGCGAGAUGAGCAGCCGCCGCAGGAUCUGCUGGAGAAAGGCGAUGAGGAGGAAGAGGAGGAAGACAGAGAAAUCGGGAUGCUGAGGAAAAUCGAGGAAUCGGAAAAGAGACCCAAAGCAGAGACUUCAACGACUGCUUUCUCCGGGGGCCACGAAAGUCCGGAAGAUAAAGAUAACGUCCAGGCAGAGUUGCAAGGCUCCGAGCUGUGGCAGAGAUUCCACGAGAUUGGGACGGAGAUGAUUAUCACCAAAGCCGGCAGGCGAAUGUUCCCUUCUGUUCGCGUCAAAGUGAAGGGGCUGGACCCCGUGAAACAGUAUUACAUUGCUAUCGACGUGGUGCCAGUGGACUCCAAAAGAUACAGAUACGUCUACCACAGCUCCCAGUGGAUGGUGGCGGGGAACACGGACCAUUCGUGCAUCACGCCCAGGCUCUAUAUCCAUCCAGAUUCCCCCUGCUCGGGAGAGACAUGGAUGAGGCAGAUCGUCAGCUUUGAUCGCGUCAAGCUCACCAACAACGAGAUGGACGACAAAGGACAUAUUAUCCUGCAGUCCAUGCACAAGUACAAACCUCGAGUUCACGUCAUUGUGCAAGACAGUCGCUUUGACCUCGCCCAAAUCCAGUCUUUGCCUGCCGAAGGGGUCCAGACUUUCUCCUUCCCAGAAACCGAGUUCACCACAGUGACAGCGUACCAAAACCAACAGAUUACCAAGCUGAAAAUAGACCGAAAUCCUUUUGCCAAAGGAUUUCGAGAUCCAGGAAGAAACAGGGGUGUCUUGGAUGGACUUUUAGAGACCUACCCAUGGAGACCACCUCUCACCCUGGAGUUUAAAACCUUUGGUGCUGAAACACAAAGUAACAGCAGUGGCUCCUCCCCAGUGACCUCCAAUGGUGGACCUCCCUCUCCUCUGAACUCUUUCCUUUCUCCACCUUGCUCACCACCGGCAUUUCACGUAUCAUCCAGCACCCUCGGAAUGCCCUGCUCAGAAACCUACUUCCACAACUUCAGCUUGCCUCUUUGCUACAAGAUUUGCCCAAGUAAUCUUUUGAGAACACCACCUCUUGUGUUUCCCACUCCUGAAAAGCCCGGAAGCACCAAUCCUCACUCUCUGCCUCCUUUCAUGAUGGAGGUGCCCAUGUUAUCUUCUCUGGGAAUCCCCAAUUUGAAAAAUGGCAAAGCUGAAGACUUAAGUGGGCAGUGUCUGCAAAUGCCCCAUCCUGCCAAUCCAAUGUUAUAUACACCUGCAAAUGUGUUCCCAUCAACUCCUAUUGCCCGAGAAGCCUUCGGUUGUACUUUACAUCCUUCCUAUGGCUUUUAUGGCUAUAACUUCCCCAUGCCGUCCAGACUGAUGAAUGCAGCCAGCCAUUUCCGAGUGAAUCAUGGCAUCCCUGCUUCCUAUCGAGAUGCCAGAUGCAACCACUCUCAUUGGCAUCCAACAAUUAACCACUGCCUCUAA